AUGGUAAUCCUUUCAAGUAUCGUCGGUUGGCUGAUGAUAUACUUCGCAAAAGAUAUUACAACAUUAAUGAUUGGAAGAUUUUUGAGUGGUUUGACUGUAGGAGCCACAGUACCUUUAGAAACCAUUAUAAUAAAAGAAUAUAUGGCUCCUAAAUACAAGGGAGCAUUUUUGUAUCUUAAAAACGCAGCACUCUGCACGGGUGCUACAAUCAUGCACAUUAUAAGUAGAUGUUUGGACUGGAGAACUAUCGCUUUAGUAGCUUUGGCACCCCUUUUAAUGGACUUGCUAAUCGUUUACACCUGGCCUGAAAGUUCGGCGUGCCGAGCUUCAAAACAAUUUGAGACAAGUGAUCACACCAUUAACAGUAACAGAGGUAAUACUAAAUCUUCCAGAUAUCCACUAGGACAUUGGAGACUAUCAACAUCUAAAUUCAAACUAACAUGUUUGGACGGGGUGGUGGAUUUUUGUCGGCAAUUUAAGCAAAAGGACUUUUUUAAACGUCUUAUGAUUAUGAUUUUAUCUACCUUAGUCCUCGUUAUGAGCGGCAAACACGUGUUCUUCUCUUACGCUUUGCAGAUAAUGGCUGAUAUAACUGGGGAGAUCACUCAGUCUUUCUACUAUAGCCUGGGCAUCGAUAUUGCGAUUACAGCCAGCGCAUUGUUUGCAGCAGUCCUUGGCAAAAUUAUAAAUCCUCGGACACUAUUUUUUAGUACUGGAUUUUCAGCUUUAUCUGUCCUUAUGUCCCUUUGCAUGUACCUGUUUUUUACUUCCAAAGGUAUGAUAGUUACGGAUAAAACAUGGAUUUCUGUGAAUUUACUUGGAGUGUAUUUUAUGCUUGCGAAUUUUGGAUGUGCUUCAAUACCUUUGACAUUGGUUGGAGAAAUAUUUCAUUUGAAUAAUAAAGGAGUCAGUCCAGCUCUAUCUCAAGUAUGGAUAUCUAUCUGUCUGACGGACAGACGUUUCCAAGCCCUGCAGGCAACUAUUGCGUCCUUGAAGGAACAGAAUUCUGAACUUCGUAACAGUGUUGGCAUGAUGUCUGCAAAAUAUGACGAGUUUUUGUCGAAGAUAUCAUGUCUUGAGAAGGAGAGACAAGACGACAAAAAAAUGACUAAACAACUCGAAGAAAAACGUUAG